UGCGGGGCUGCAGGGGGGGGGCGGGGGGCCACCUCUGCGCCCCGCGUCCCGGGCCGGCAGGUCUUUCUGCAAGACUGGCCCGACCCAGGUGGCCCCGACGGGCCACGAUGCUCUCCGAGUGAGUGGCACCGAGCUGAGCCUGGGCAGUUUGUUGACUGACAAAGAGGGAUGCUAGCAGUUAGGAAGGUAAGGAGGAAACUCAGGAUGGGGACCAUCUGCUCCCCCAACCCCAGCGGGACAAAGACAUCAUCGGAGGUCUGCAACGCCGACUGGAUGGCCUCGCUGCCCGCUCACCUCCACAACGUCCCCCUUUCCAAUCUGGCAAUCCCAGGCUCCCACGAUUCGUUCAGCUACUGGGUAGAUGAGAAGUCCCCCGUGGGGCCUGACCAGACCCCAGCCAUCAAACGCCUCGCCAGGAUCUCCUUGGUGAAGAAGCUAAUGAAGAAGUGGUCUGUGACGCAGAACCUGACUUUCCGAGAACAGCUGGAAGCUGGGAUCCGCUACUUUGACCUGCGUGUGUCUUCCAAGCCCGGGGAUGCCGAUCAGGAGAUCUACUUCAUUCACGGACUUUUUGGCAUCAAGGUCUGGGAUGGCCUGAUGGAGAUUGACUCAUUUCUCACCCAGCACCCCCAAGAGAUUGUCUUUCUGGAUUUCAACCACUUCUACGCCAUGGAUGAGGCCCACCACAAACGCCUGAUUCUCCGGAUCCAGGAGGCCUUUGGAAACAAGCUGUGCUCAGCCUGCAGCGUGGAGAGCAUGACCCUGCAAGCCCUGUGGGAGAAGAAGUGCCAGGUUCUUAUUUUCUAUCAUUGUCCCUUCUACAAGCAAUACCCCUUCCUGUGGUCCGGAAAGAAAAUCCCAGCACCCUGGGCCAACACUACAAGCGUGCGCAAACUAAUCCUCUUCUUGGAGACCACUCUGAGUGAGCGGGCCCCACGAGGCUCCUUCCACGUCUCUCAAGCCAUUCUCACCCCCAGAGUGAAGACCAUUGCCCGAGGCCUGGUUGGUGGCCUCAAGAACACUCUGGUUCAUAGGAAUCUUCCUGCCAUCCUGGACUGGGUGAAAACUCAGAAGCCCGGAGCCAUGGGAGUCAACAUCAUCACUUCUGACUUUGUGGACCUGGUGGACUUUGCCACGACUGUCAUUGAAUUGAAUGACCUCCUACAGGAGGAUAGAGCUUUGGCUAAAUGCUGAUUUGAUUUUUGAUUUAAUGUUGACUUUGUUGAUCUCGGCCAGAGUUCUGAAGGGUUUCCUAUUAGGAUGGCCCUGGGCAGUGAUGGGAAAGUAGGAGGAGGAGGGCAUUUUACCCUCUUCAUAGGGCUAUUUGGAUAACAUACAGAGCUUUUAAUUGCAUUUUUCCCAAAGGAGACUUUUAAAAAACUUUUAAGUCCAAGGGAAGAAGCAUGUUUCAUGUGAUCAAAGUCAGGGUCUUCCCAGUGGCUCAUGAUAUUGAAUGUAAUAGGGAAUUGGGGUCUCCAGGUUCCAUUGAGUGUCUCCUACUUGGCCCAGUUUCCUGCUGUCUUCCAGGACAAAUGUUGUGUUUGAGCCAGGGAGAAGACUGAACCCAAAAAGGCAUUUUAGUCAAAAGAAUGGCUCAUUGCAGGUGUGGAAGGCCCUGUGGGGUGGCUCUAACAUCAGCCUAGGGCUUUGAGGGAGAAAAGGGCCAAGCACCGGUUCUCUCUGGCAUGUUGAAUGUCACCACUUCUUCCCUUAGAGAGUAAGACUUAUUUAUCACCAGGCUAUUCCAGCCGCAAGCUGUUCUCGCAUAGCUUGUGCUUGGGAACUGGUCACCUUCAUUCUUUAGAUAAACAGUGCAUAUCGCCUUUGGUAUCAGAAAUGUGUGUCCCAGUCUUAAAACACUGAUUCCUUUCUAUUUCUAUUGGCCCCUUCUGAAAAGUGAAAGGAGCAGUGGUGGGAGAUCCUUUCAGUGUGGGGCCCAGCAGGAGAUAGACACGCAUGUUUGUUGCAUGCCACGUUUCUUUGGUUUAAUCCUAUAACUUUUCCCAAAAUGGCUGCCAGGUAAACUCCUGCCUCAUUCUGGCAAAGUCUUUUUUGGAAUGGGAUCUUCAAGCCAGGUCUUGGAAUGGCAUUUCGUUGCUAUCUGCCUAGGACUCUGGUCCGUGCUGUGACACGUAACGCCGACGGAAGGCAUCUGGUUUAUGGCACCGGGGAGGCAGACUCAGUAUGUGUGGGGAAGUGCAAUGGAUUUAAGGAGGAAGCCCCAAGUGAGUUUGGAGCUGUUCUGUAACUCCUUGAAAACAAGACUACCUCGGGACAUUCAGGAUGACUCGUGUGUCAUCAAGGGAGAGAUACCCAGUGUUGGAACAUUUCCAGCUUGUGUCUUGAUUGUUCUACUUUCUGCAGGUUGUUUUGAGCCUGCUAAUCACCACUGCAGGAGGCCUCUGAAACUCAAGAGGGGAUUCUUCUUUUUUUAAUUGAUAGGAGGUACUUAUCUACAAAGAGCCCUCUUGUGUUUUUAUUUAUUUAUUUAUUUAUUACUCUAUUUAUGCAUUUAUUUAUUUAUAGAUUAAGUAUCUUCAGUGCUUCUUACCUCGAGAGCACUCACAAAGGAGCUUCCUGAACUUUGUUCACCUAGGCCUGAUGCUGCCCAUGCCUUUCAGGACUGUGAGUGACCUCUGACACACUCUGACCCGGCCGCAGUUGUUCCCAGCUCCCCAGUCGUGGUGGGACAGGGAGCCCGUGUGGGUGUGGUCCAGACCUGAGCACCCCCUACCCGGCCAUGCACCACAGCAGAGGAUGCUACGGGUCAUGAAGAACUCUUGAGGAAGACUCCAGCAGGAGGUCACAAAGGAGGGAGCCAGAAAGAAAACUGGGCAUGGGAGUGUAUAUGCAGGGGUGCUCCUCAGAACUUUCCGAGGAUCUCUAAGGAGAUGUCCCUGUCUGGAUUCUUCAGGAAGAAAGAUAACCAUGGAAUCCUUGAUGGAUGUGUGUGUGCACGAGGAUCGUUGGGCCAGCCCCCUGCGGCUUGCCAUUUCUACUCCGCCAUUCUCAUGGCUGGGUCUUCCAAGUCGCCUGCAGAGGGGGGCACCCGGGGUGAGCUCCAGGCGCAUGCCCCAGCCUUGGUCUUCCAGACUCCACUGGAGGUCAAGUCAGUUCAGCCCUGACCUGUAGCAUCGGCAGCUGAGGGGGAAGACACAACGCAAAUGCCUCUGGGAAAAUCUGGUUUCACGUUUCCUGCUCCUGCAUUUGAACCCCUUCUCCCAAAGGUUUCUGGGAUUGUCUUGUCAAUUUCUGAGGGCCUUCUCUGGGAAGGAGUAAGAACGGAAAUGCCCUCCCUUUCUCAAUUGUUCUUCAAUUCUGCUAUUAAACCCCAGUGGCAAGCUCUGAAAUCCCUGGCCUACCCUCAGGGAUUUCUUUGUGUCCUUACUGUUUCAUUUGGUUUUAUUUUUAACUCUCUUGGUCAAUUGCUAGGGACUAGAUCCUUGCCCCUUUUAACCCUUUGUUACUUGGCAAAGAGAUCGGGAGGCAAGAGGAGAAUUACUCUGCUCUGUUUUAUUUGAGCCUCAGCUUUGCCCAGGUGCUUGGUGCUAUGAGGCCAGGUGUGUCGGCAGGUAUCUCCACAGGAUGCCAGUGACACCCAAGGGCUGCUGACUGUUCAGUGAAAUGUUUACUUGAUUUUUUUUCCUUUAGUUUUAAAAGAUAUAAUUGCACUUCUCUUGGGUUGUAACAUGUAAGUGCACCUCAGUGUUUGCCUGGUAAGACGAAGUCAUCGAGCGUGACACAGAAGCACAGAAAAUGAUCCCAAGGUCAUGUGUGUGGAGUCCUGCUGCAUGUGGCAAGUGCAGGUGCUCACUCCCUCAUAGUGCUCUGAGUUGUCAUAGUGCUCUGGUUGCAUUCUGAAAUUCUGCACAGGAUUUCUGGGAGACCGGAGGAGAAGCAUUUGCAGUUCACUCUCGAUAAACACCCUUGAAUUGGCAGAUUCUCUGCUCCAAGGAACAGUUGUUUGACAUAUCACAAAGGAUUUGUGCAUUCUGCUCUUGGACCUAAGGCCAAGCAGGCGACUCCGUGAUAGGACAGAGGGAGUAGGUCUGUGACUCAUUCUGCAACCGCCAACAAUAAUAAUGGUUGACCCAACCACAUCAUUUAUUCUCGUAAGAUCCAACAAGGUUAUCGUGCUUCCUCAGAAUUCACUUCAAGAUCAACUAAAAAGCUACUUGACUGAGCCAAAGAAGGCUUUAGUUUCGGAGGAUUUGGGGCCACAGUUAUUCUGAAAUGUAAGCUGAGUUUUUCAUGAACUCUCUGGACCAUUUGCCACAUUUCCAUGGCUUUGUGGCAGAGAGGACAAUCACAGGCUUCAGUUAGAUUAGAGCAGUGUUUAAAAGGCUUGGACUUGGAGCCUAUUAGAGGUACCACUGUGGUUUCACGGGCACAGAAGAGAGUCUUAGGGUUGGGGAGAAAAGUCAAGAUAGAAUUGAUGGAAGGGAAUGAUAAGUUAUUGAGGAUUUAAUUUUAAGUGAAUGGCAGACUUAAGAGGGUCAUGCCAAAAAAACACAUGUAUGCUGUAGGAGAUUCUCCAAUAAUUAACUUAUUUUUCCUUAGCACCGAGUCCACAACCCCUGAAUUCUUGGGAAUAGUUAAGCCACAGUACAAACCCAGGAUUUUUAUAUAAACUCAAAGAAAAGCACAAGAUCUGAGCCCAGGUCAUGCUCAAUCUUAAGAAUCCUAGUUCUUCUUUCAUGACCUCACAUUCACAUCACAAAGUUUGAUCCUGUUCAAGAAGACAACGUGGUGGAGCAUUCUGGAAUAAAAUGCAGUUUUGUGGUGGGUCAGGAUUUCAUUUCUUUUUUUUUUUAAAUCCUGCCAUACGAAAGGGCUCCCCAACGAGACAUUAUUACAGCCUGGCAAGAAAGCGUAGUGCUUUCUAAAGGUAGAGAAACAGAAGUUACAACUGAAAUGAAACGGUUUCUGUUCAUGGAAGACCUAGGACUACUACACAAGUUCAGGCCAUCUUACUGAAUGAGUCCGUGCCCCAGUUGAAGUUUCUGUGAUGUUCUUUAUUGGCUGACUGCAAUUUUUUACUCUAAGUCCUGGGAAAUGGAACAGGCUAACAAGUGGGGCACUGCCAUGAGAGUUCUCCCGGCUGAGCAACCAAGUAACCCUAGGCUAAGUCUGCCUUGGUUCCUUAAUCUGGAAUAAAGAUGCCGUCUGCCACUUUAGUGCUGUUCUGCAAACCUUGGUUGACUAGAUCCCCAAAAUUUCAGGCCCCUUAUGAUUAAAUUAAAUGCCUUAUACUCAGGGAGGUGCCCGGUUGUGGUAAUUCCUCCUUGUGUGGCAUGGGAAAAGAAAUGCUAUUUGGGUUCAUUUCUCAAAAGUGUGGUGUAGGAUCACAGAACUAGUGCAACGCCGGCACCUUUAGUAAUCCAUAUAAUGAGAUGAGUGGAGCUGCAUGAAAUCUGCUGCUGCACACUUGAGCUCCUGAGAGGUGGGCUUUCCCAAGUGCAUGCGAGGUCUUAUUAUGCCAAAAGGCAAUGAACAGAAAUUGGUAACAUCAGAUGUCCAUACUGACAGGAAGUUUUUUUUGUAUGGCAAAGAACAUGGUUGUCCCUCUAAACUCUACCAACUUUUCAGUACUCCUUGGCCCUCUGCCUCAGACUGCUUCCUAGUAUUUGCCAUCAUAACUUUGUCACUCGCAGAUAUUACCUAGGGAUACACAGCAGUGAAUUGAUUAGGUGGUAAGUGAUUUAGCUGGAAAUUAAUUCCAAAUGAAAACAAACAGCUCUUUCUUACCCCAGGAGAUGUACUAUCUCCUUACCUUCUGGCUUCCUCAGCUUCCUACUAGACAUGGUGACACUAAAGCUACUAUCUCACUGUGUUGGCCCUUAACCUAGAAGAAUAUGGUACAAAAUACUAUUGAUGUUGUUGAAAUAGCACAGUCUUAAACACUAUAAAAAGAUUCUAAGAUAACCCUUUUGAUCCUGCAGUGGAUAUAGCAUCGUAGUCUUUCCUCCAAAAAAAACCAAAAAACACCUUACUCUUAGGAGUUUUCAGCCUCCUUUCUAAACCACAUAGUUUGGAUAGUUUUUUUUUUCUCUUCCCGGGGAACUCAAUCCCACAGUCUAUUGAGAAAACCUCAUCAAUAGUCUAGGGGCAUUUCCAUCUCAUUCCUUCUGACCUCCGCAGAAGACCACUUCCUCCUCUCAUCUCCUGUCUGUCCUUUAUCAUCUGCCAAUCACUAUUCAUAAGAAUUGGCAAAACUUACACAGAAAGGCACACACUCAAUGAUGCCCAAAUGCACUCUUAUCACAGGUGAUUGCUCCUCGUUCCCCAGUGUAUAAUUCUGACUCCCCCACCCCCAACACACACACACAGAAUCUGAUUGGAACCCAGAACCUGAGGCCAGCACUUCAUUCAAAAUGGCAAGAGCUUGCUCACCAGCUUGGAGCCCAACAAGAAGCACAGCACUUUGAAGUCAAACAGGCCUUCGGUCGCUUUGUAUAUUUGCAGUUUUACCUUUGUUAUUAGUCUGUAGCACUAAUAACACUUGAGUCAUGAAUCUGUAGUAUCAAUAUGAUAAAUCUUAGGACAUAUUCUAGACGCAGUGGUACCUUGCUGCUGUUAUACUUACUAAUUUAUACCCCCAAAUUAAGUAUCACAUGCAGAUUGUGUAUGCAUUGUUUGUACUGUAUAUAUGCCAACUGUAAUACUUAACCUCGCUGAAAAGCACUUAGAAAAUACAGAGAUUGUUAUAGUCAGAAUAUAUCUUGGUCAAUUCAGAUGAUAGGUGAAUCUGAUAAAUAGGCUCUUAGAUACUACGUUUGUCCUCUAUGCUUGUUUUAUACUACAGUGCAUGCUGUUUGCUAAGUGAAGUAAAAAUAACAAUAAAUUGUACCAAUUUUAAGGUUAGAGUUAAAAUUUUACAUACAUGCUGCUUGGUACUCUGAAAUGUAUUUUGUGGCUUAAUUAUCUUAUUCACACACAUUUCACUUGGCUUUUUCCCUCCUAGGAAAUAAUUGUUCAAAAAUAUUUCUCCUUGUAAACUGGAUCAAACUGCUUAAUUCAACUGAAACAUUGUAAAGCCAGAUUACCUCAUUUUAACUGUGAAAAAAAAACCUAAUAGAUAUGAUGACAGUAUGUCUUUUCUUGUAUUUUAGUUGAACUACCUAAAUAGGCUUAACCCUAAUAAUAAAUAUAAAAUGUCAGUGGGCA